UCAGACGUCGCCUCGGCAACCAGCUCUACUCCGAGCUCUUCCUAGCGCAGUUCUUCCCCGUCGCCUCCUUGGAUCUUCGCUGGUACGUUUUUUUUCCGAGAUUGUUGAUCCAGGCUGGGGUUCUGAGGCUUCUGAAGAGGAUCCUUGGACUCCUAGUUUGGAUCCUCACAAACAGUAG